ACGUACAAUAAUCAAUCUAACUUGAUAAAUGAUAAGUGAAAAAAGAAAAUAAUUUGAAGUGCUAAACACCCACAUAUAAUAUAUGAAAUCCAAUUCAAUAUUUGAGUAUGUGGUUUUUAUGAGAAGCAACUCAAUUGAUUAGAACCCGCAUAUGAAGAACUGUUUUGUGUUUUCGGUAGUGCAAAAAUUAAAAAUACUCAUAUACUCAGAGAUAUUGCCCCAAAAGUGAAAUCAAUUUUAAUACAACUGCAAGUACCACCAGCAUAAACCACAGCAACCACAGUAAACUACUUAUCCCAGGCAUUGUCAAUUGAUUGUAGUUGACAAUUCUCAGUGUGUAUUUUGUUCAGUGGAUCCCGCAGAUUUGAAUUUUUGUAUUAAAUAGAUAGAAAAUACUCGAAUUUGUGCGUGUGUGUAUGGAUUAUUUUUGUUAAAAGUCAAUGACGUGCAUUAUUUUGAACAUUAUUCAGUUUUUGACAAUUGAUCAAUUGGAAAACGCGAAGAAAUGCCGCCCUCUGCUUUUCUAGUCAAUGCCACCAUAAUCAGUGCAGCAAACGACAGCAACAGCAGCAACAAUACGAACGACAACAGCAACAAGUCACAAAUUGCUGAGGGAAACGCCGAGCAGCAACAUUUAUUUUAUCCUGCCAGCAGAGGCAACAACAACAACAACAACUGUCAUAAUUAUAAUUACACAGGAGCAACAACAAUAUUAAAGCCUCUUACAAAUAUGGUGCUACAAAGCUAUGACAACUAUGCGAGCUAUCAUUUGCCGCAGCAAUCAACGCAUCUGCAACAUCAGCAACAUGUCUUGCCAGCGCCACAGCAGCAGCAGCAGCAACAUCUGCAUCAGCAGCAGCAACACUUACAGCAUCCGCAACAGCAGCAACACCUGGCACAUCAACAGCAGCAACAUGCGCAUUAUGCGACGCCAACAGCACAGCAGCAACAUCGCUUGUCCGGCGGCAGCACUGGCAGCAACACCGCCUCCUCAUCCUCCGGCUCCAGCUCCAGUGCAUCCUCCAAUGCCUCGACGCACAGUUUUAGCAGCAGCACAGGAACUGGAACCGGAACCGGAGCUGGAACUGGAAGUGGAGUUGCCAUUGGUGGUUUAGCUGGCGCCUUGGGCAGCUCGACGGCAGCAUCUUUGGGCUUGGGUUACUUUAAUGAUAUGGCGCCAUUUGUGGGCGAUUAUUCACCAACAUCAUCACAGCAUCAGGCAGCUGGCAAUGCUUACUACACCGAUUCGGAUAUUAACUUCUUUAGUUCAGGCUACAGCAGCAACAACAACAACAACAGCAAUGCCCACGAUCGCACCAACAACAGCCCGCCACCGCAGCAAUCGCAGCAACAACUGGUCAAUGGCAGCAGCAACAAUGCCAGCAACAGCAGCAACAACAACAACAACAACAUGUUGCCGCCAGGCGUGCAGCAGCAGCAGCAGAAUGUUGCUGAUAACAACAAUAGCAGCAACAGUGGCAGCAGCGGCAACAGCAGCAAUAAUGUCAAUGCGGGCAGCAAUAACAACAACAACAAUAAUAAUAAUAACAACAACAACAAUAAUAACAACAACAACAAUAUCAACUAUAUGACAGCAAUGGCAGCAGCUCUCUAUCAACAUCAGCUGAAAGAGGAGCCGGGCACACAAUCGAGCAAUGGUGGCAACUCUGGCUAUGUAACGAAUGCCCAAAACGAUCCCACAGAUCUCAGUAGUUAUGGUCUGCCCGCACAUUUGGCCGCAGCAGCAGCUGGACACUAUACGGGCGCAGGAGGCGCAGGAGGUGGCAAUCCUGGAGCAGGAUCUGGAGCAGGAUCAGCUGGUGCUGCUGCUGGCGAUGAUAGUGAUUAUCAUAGCACAAUUUCCGCGCAGGAACAUCAGAGCCAAACCUCCAAUAGCACCAAUAGCAAUGGCUAUAUGGAUGGCAGUCCCGAUUUCUACAACUCCUACAAUCGUGCACGUUUCCACGACGCUUUUCCGCCGGAAUUCACACCCUACGAUGCACAGUUCCAGUCGAUGAAUGCCCAGCCCAAUAUGGAUCAAUGGGGUGCACAUGCUCAUCAGCAUCCGGCUGCAUAUAUGACCACCCUGGGUCUGGAUAAAUCCCUGCUGGGCGGCUACACAACGCAAGGGGGCGUGCCUUGUUUCACCGGUUCCGGGCCAAUUCAAUUGUGGCAAUUUCUUCUCGAAUUGCUGCUGGACAAAACCUGUCAGAGUUUCAUCUCAUGGACGGGCGAUGGCUGGGAGUUCAAGCUAACAGAUCCCGAUGAGGUGGCGCGUCGCUGGGGCAUACGCAAGAACAAGCCCAAGAUGAACUAUGAGAAACUGAGUCGCGGUCUGCGUUAUUAUUACGAUAAGAACAUCAUCCACAAGACGGCUGGCAAACGCUAUGUCUAUCGAUUCGUCUGUGAUCUGCAGAAUCUGGUCGGACACACACCAGAGGAGCUGGUAGCCAAGUUCGAUCUGAAGAUCGAGAAGAAGGAUGUCGACUAGCAGUCAAGUAACACAGAAGCUGCUUGAAUUGCGGUGCAGCUGAUAAGAAAUGAUAUGAUCUGAUCUGAAACUGGUACUGGUACUGGUACUGCUACCGAUACUGGAUCGAAGAAAGGCCACAAAUCUAUAGUACUCAACAGCAAAAAUACUUUUGAGAGUUAUUGUUUCCAAGCGUGAUGUUAAAUUUUAAGCAGCAGCGAUACCUGCGAUCUUGCUACGAGAUUAAUGUGUUAGAGCGUCGUAAUAACAUUGUAAUUAUUAUUAUUAAUUAUUAAUUAUUAAUCAUUAAUGUUAAUAUCAUUAUUAUUGUGUAUGUAAAAAUUGGACUUUUGAAUUAAUUUGAAAUUAAUUGAAAAUACGCUAGCGUUUAAAUUAGCCACUAAGCAUAUGUAGUUAUUAACUAAGACCUUAGUCUUUAGCAACGAAAAUUUAAUUUUAAUCAAAAAUCAAUAAUCAGCAAACCAGUUUCAAUAUGCAUUAUCACAAUCGAUAAUUAUUAUUCGAUAUUAGCAUCAAAAUUAAGAAAAACAACAACAACAAGAAAAAAAAAAAGAGAAUCAAGCGAAGCGAAUUAAAUUGGAAAUUUGAAAUUUGAAAUUUUGUGCAAUGCGAUUGUUGUCGAAUUAAUGAAAGUUCUACAUUAUGCUAUCAAUUGUAUCCAUCGUUAAAGAGGCCAUAAGAGAACCGAGUGCAUGUCCCCAAA